AUGCUCCCAGCCCAGGGGCCGUUGCAAAAGAAGCAGCGUGUCGAUUCACCUCAUGUCAGCAUAGUACUUCCAACACCCGACCUACCCGACUAUGUGUCACCACAGGAGACAAAUCCCAAGCCGGCUUCUUCGUGGCGCCGUGACGAGUCGCGUUCUUUGGAGGCCAUCACGGUCAAUAUCGUCGACCAUGCUCUGCCAGACAGCGUUGGUUACGACGCUGUUAUACCAAAUUCGCCAAAUGUAGACAAUAUCGAGGCGCUACUCGAGCAUCACGCCAACAGCAACGUCGGUCCGGAUGACAAGCCCAAGUUCUCCGGCUGCCGCACAUGCGGCGCUCCUCUCUGGAGCUGCGCCCACGGCUCCCUCAGCAGACUCCGGCCAACAGCUCCGCAAACCCUGCCUGUACCACCCUUCGACGAGCAUUCUUCAAGCUGUCCAAGUAGCCCACCAGUCAGCCCGAGGACGACAACAGGCCCAGCAGCACGCUGCUCGAACUUCUGGCCCGAGAUCAUCACCCACAGCAUCAAGCGCCCCGGCAGCGCCGAGUCCCACGCCAGGCCAGGCCCCGCCUGCGCCUUUUGCUCCGCAAACCUCGACAUCUUCGCCAUGCCGCCCGCAAGCUCAAGCUCCUCGCCCGAAACAGAGCCCGCCGUCCUCCUGCACUGCGGCCACGUCCUGGGCGCAAACUGCAUGACGGCCAACACGGCCCUCGGCAGCCCGCAGUGCCCCCUCUGCCUCUUCGACACGACCUGCCGCGGCUGCCGCGCGCCCGUGGCCAUCCCUCUGCCGACGGCCGCCGACGGCCCGCGCACCCUGCCGCUGACCCUCGCGCAGCGCGAGUCCCUCGGCGACGACGGCGCCCACCCGUCCGCCCCGGCCCUCUGCCCCCGCUGCGAAGACGAGCCCACCUCCUGUUCCACCAUCUUCAACCGCGCCGCCGGCUCCGAA